ACCGCCCCCUCGUCCUCAGCCUAUCUUCACUCGCCUCUCUCUCUCUCUCUCUCUCGUGUCUCGCGAUUCCUCUCCUGUGGCCGACGCCGCCACCCGUCCUCGUCUCCGCCUCUUCGAGAGAAGGUGAUAUGGGAAGAGGAGGGAGGGUCGUUUACAAGCGGGCGGCCGCCGGACGGAGGCGUAGGCGCCGAUCCAAGGCCUCCGACGACGACGACGACGACGAUGACGAGGAGUACGUCUUGGGAGAGGAGGAGGAGGAGGAGAGCUCUGACGAACCCCUCGCUUCCGACGGCGAGGAAGACGAAUACGAGUUCGGCGAGUCCACCGGUGGCUCCGAUGAGGAUGAUGAGCAGGAGUUCUUGGCGCCGAGAUCGAAGCCCCGAAAGGCCCCUUCCAAACCCAAGAGGAGGGUGAAGAAAUCUAGGGUUUGGGAUGACGAUGACGACGAUGAUUACGAGGAGGAGGAGGAGGAGGAGGAAGAAGACGAGGAGGAGGAGGAGGAUCGAGUGGAUUUUUCGAUUCGGAAGAAGGGGGAGAGGAGGAAGAAGGCUGGGGUUAGAUCUCGCCGUCAGAAGCCUAGGGCUUCGGAUUCUGAGGAAGAGGUAAGGGAGGAAGAAGACGAUGAUGGGGAUGAGGAUUUCUCGCCCGAUGAGCAAGAUUUUGAGGAUGAAGAGGCAUCUGUGAUUUCGGAAUUUAAAAGGAAAGGAGGAAAUCCGAAACAAGGUGGGAAGAAGCGGAAGCCGAGGGCUUUGAAACGAAAGAAAGGGAAAAGGAGCAGGCCACACAGAUCUGGCGAAGAUGAUGAUUUCAUUGUGAAAGAUCGUGUUGCGGUUGAUAGAAAGUCGAAAAAACCUAAGGAAACAGGGAGGAGGAAAGUCUCAACAUCGUGGGCUAUCAAGAAUAAGUCGCCAGUGGAAUCAGAUACAUCCGAUUUUGAUUUUGUAACUUCAGAUGAUGAUUUCAUGGGGGACACGGUUUUGUUAAAUAGACCGGAGAUUAACAACAAAUAUUUCAGGAAGACAAACACAAAAAGAACACGGGGAAAGGUUAUGGUCUCGUCGGAUAAAUCAGAGUCUUCUUUAGAUGGUGAUUAUAUGAUUUCUGAGGAAGAAUUAAGGGAUCUGGGAGUUGGUGGGGUUUUGGAUCAGCCUCAGCUGAAGAGGAUAUCUGCCGGAAUGAAAGGCGACAAGAAGGGCAAGGAGAAAGAAAACGAUGAGCUGGGGAAGCCGCUCUGCGGGAUCUGUUUAUCAGAGGAGCAAAGGAUGACAGUUCGAGGAGUGUUGAAUUGCUGCACACAUUAUUUCUGCUUUGCAUGCAUAAUGGAAUGGUCAAAAGUUGAGUCACGAUGUCCUGUUUGCAAGCGGAGGUUUGGGACCAUUACCAAGUCAUCAAGGUCAGAUCCAGGGUUUGGGUUGCGGAAAGCAGUUAUAAAAGUUGAAAAGCGUGAUCAGGUCUAUCAACCUUCUGAAGAAGAAAUAAGACGAAUGAUGGAUCCUUAUGAGAAUGUAGUAUGUAUAGAGUGUCAUCAAGGUGGAGAUGAUAGUCUCAUGUUACUCUGUGAUAUCUGCGAUUCACCUGCACACACAUAUUGUGUUGGUCUUGGAAGGGAAGUACCAGAAGGCAAUUGGUACUGUGAAUGCUGUAGGUCUGCUGGCGAUGGUUCAUCAUAUUUGCAAAAUGAGCGUAUUGUGACUGAUCAAGCAGCAAACAGUAGUGAUUUUUUGGUCACUCCUGUUAGAACGGAGGAUGUUGCAGUUCGUGAUAAUACGAAUUUGCAGAGAUCAGGUCAACCUUCCAUGCAAGAAAUUGAUCUGAAUGUCUCUCCUAGGUCGGUGGAAGAUUAUGGAUCUACAUCUCAGUUUUUUGGAGCUGGAGCAGCGACUCUUUCUGGAAGACGUGCAAUACAUCAACGUAUACGCAUUUUGUUGUCCAAUAGUAGACCAAGGCAGAUCUCUGCAGAAACUGAUGUACUUCGUGAUAACAUGGCAAGUGGUGUUAUGACAUCAGAAGUAAGAGAUAGUGGGGAAAACCUACAUAGUUCUCAGGGGUUCAGUUCUUGGACCAGGGGGUCAGCUGCUGAACAGUGCCAUCACAACAAUAGGCCUUCUGUUCAGUCUAAUGCUAAUUUGGUUCAAUGUGCAACUGAAAGCAGUAGUUUCCAACAUGUGAAUGGUGCCAAGGAACAAGUCCACUCCAUGGUUAAAAGCCAUUUAAAAGAACUAUCCAGCGGUUCUCCACUUGAUCGUAUCACUUUCAAGGAGUUUGCUAGGCGUUCUACCCACACUGUUUUAGCUGCAUGUGGAAUUAAACAUCAUAGGAGAAUGGUUUCUGUCCCUGUCCAUCCUCCUGGCUGUUGUUCACAUGUUUCAGAUCAAGAACAAGUAGUUGUGACUCAAGGUUGCUGCUUGUCUUGCUUUAGCUCUUAUGUCAAGGAUGUGGUUCAGAAGAUUUUGCAUGCUACUUGAAGCUAGGCUGGCAAAUGAUCCUUGGGUAAUACUGCAUCGACUGUCUUGAUCAUGUCCUGCAGCUAUGUUCAUAUUGGCAACUCCUAUUCUUGCCUGAAGAAAUCAGGAUGGCUUCAUAAGGUCAUUAUUUUUUUGCAGUACUCUGAUAGGACUGCAAAUUUGUACCCCAAAAAAUUAGUAUCUCUUGAAGAUUGAGAUUGAAUCUUAUUGGUAACUAGAGAAGAACUUGUGGUUUCGCCUGGUUAGUUCAAUUGAAUUAUUUUUUUAGCUGAUGGAACGCUGGCCCUCUGCAUUUGUCCUCGGGCGCAGAUCAGAAGUCUUUUUAUGGUCCUGCUGACUUGAAAAACUAUGAACAUUUCACUAUUUUUUUACAUGUCAAGCAUCAUCAUAGCCUAAACGAUUAUGUAAAGCAAAGCAGAACGCAAAACACGUGUACUCAUAUUUCUUCAAUUUUGAUUCCAGUGUAUUUAGUUUCAACUGAUUAAAGAGUUCAAUGAAAAUGUAGAGGACUUGAAAUUUUAUC